UUCAGCAAACAAAGUAAGUAUAAAGCUAUUAAAAAGGGGACAAUAGGGAACCUUAGGUUGGUUUAGCAGUAAUCCAUGCAGUCUGCAUUUGUAAUGUGGUUCAGUUUCACUAAUGUGACUCUGCAUCAUCGAAAGUAAAUAAGUGGAAACCUAAAGAUAAAGUAGAAAUUGGAAUAAAUGUUUUCUGUAGAAGUGUUGAGUAACUGGGCACUGACAGAGGAGGUGUUGGUUCUGACCUGGGGCUUCUACCUAUGUUGCUGUUCAGUACUUUUGCCAAGUUUUGCAUGAUGGACUUAGUGUUGAUGUGAGGUUGGAUCUUUCUGGUCCAAAUGCAAACUGCUGUAUAUUAACAGCCAUUUAUCUUUCUUCCUUUUUGAGGAGUGUCAUAUCCGAAAAGUGGAUGUUCAGGAUAACAUGUCCAAUGUGUCGGAAGAGAGAAGCACUAGGCAACAGGACAUUAAGAAGGGACUCCAAUUUAUAGAAUCUACUUUGCCUUAUCCGGGGACACAAGAACAAUAUGAGUUAUUUAUACGAGGGCUUGUUAGAAAUCUUUUUAAUGAGGGGAAUGAUGUAUAUCGAGAAGGUGAUUGGAGAGGAUCACUGAGUCACUAUACAGAAGCUAUAAACAUAGCUGAUUAUGCUAAUUCUGAAGAAAUCCAUGUUUCUGAUGAUAUUUUGGAGAAGCUGCACGUAAACAGGAUAGCAUGUUUUUCAAAUAUGGGAUUGCAUGAAAAAGUUCUAGAAGACUGUGAAAUAGCAUUAAGAUUGAAUGAAAAUAAUUUCAGAGCUCUCUAUAGGAAAGCAAAAGCUUUGAAUGAACUGGGAAGGUACAAGAAGGCUUAUGAUGCUGUCGCAAAAUGUUCUCUUGCUGUGCCACAGGAUGAAAGUGUGAUUAAGCUUACCCAGGAACUAGCUCAAAAACUAGGGUUAAAAAUAAGGAAAGCAUAUGUAAGAGCAAAGAAUUCUUCUGUAGAAGAUAUUGAGUUAGAUUUAUCUGACCAGAAGCAAGAGAUAGUUUCUGCUACUUGUUCAACAAACUUUGAAGUGUCUAAAGUGUCUUCAGCACCUGUACCAUCUUUACCUUCUAUUAUGCCUCUUCAAGUGGAAAAGGUUUCCUUGCCAUCUGCAGUGCUGGCAAAUGGAGGAAAUGUUUCUUUCUCUAUGUCAGAACCAUGUUUAGAUUAUGGAGAUGGAGAUAUAAUUAUUGGGGAAGAACUUGAUGAAUUACUUGAUUCUGUGCCUGAUCCAGAUGAAAGUGUAAUGCAAACUGCGGGAGUCAGAGGACCAAUUCCCACAGGAAGCGUGGCUCCUACUGUACCUUUCUCUGCCUCCUUGUUGGGGACGCUACCAGUUAGUGCAGGAUUUGUUCCUUCACCUUCUCUUUCAGAAAUCUUUUCACAGCCUUUGGCUUCUUCACUGGAAAGUUUUUGCUCACCAUUAAGCACCUUUUCAAUCAGUGACCCAAAAAGAGACCUCUCAAGUUCAGCUUCUAGAGAUGGAACACCAACACUUAGUAGCAAUAAUUCCCCAUUGUUUAUAAAUGGCCCUAGUAGUUUGUUUGGGUCUGAAAAUUACAUGGGAAUUGCAGGCCAAACUAGAAAUGACUUUUCAAAUGUUUUUAGCAGUGCAACUGCUAAUAUACCUGUAUCUUCAGCACUUGCGGGAAGAAACCCACUAGAAGGCACACAUGAGCUAAGACAGGCCUGCCAGUUAUGUUUUGUCAAAAAAGGUCCUAAAUUACUGGAUUACGCUUACCACCCCAGUUUAGAACAUAAAUGUAAGAAGGAUAUUCUAAUUGGCAGGAUAAAAAACUCUGAAGAUAAAUCAUGGAAAAAAAUACGUCCCAGACCAACAAAGACACAGUACGUGGGACCGUAUUAUAUAUGUAAAGAUGUUGCUGCUGAAGAGGAAUGCAGAUAUCCAGGUCAUUGCACAUUUGCGUAUUGCCAAGAGGAGAUCGAUGUGUGGACACUGGAGCGCAAAGGAGCCUUCAGUCGAGAGUCUCUUUUUGGGGGAAAUGGAAAGAUCAACUUGACCGUGUCCCAACUUCUUCAAGAACAUCACGGAUUAUUUAUGUUUCUUUGUGAGAAAUGUUUUGAUCACAAACCAAGAAUAAUAAGCAAAAGGAACAAGGAUAACUCCUCUUCUUGUUCUCACCCUGCUAUGCAUGACUUUGAAGAUAACAAGUGCCUUGUCCACAGUCUGCGUGAAACUAUGGUGAAAUAUUCCAAAAUCCGCCCUUUUCAAGUUCGAUGUCAGCUUGACCUGUGCAGACAUGAGGUCCAUUAUGGCUGCUUACGAGAGGAUAAAUGCUUUUAUGCUCACAGCCUGGUAGAGCUUAAAGUCUGGAUAAUGCAAAAGGAAACAGAUAUUUCACAUGAUACUAUUGUUCAAGAAUCAAAGAAGUACUGGCAGAACAUGGAAGCUAGUGCACAUGGGUCACAGAUCCUUGGGAACCAAAUGAAAUAUGGAUCACUUAAUUUGAAAAUGAAGUUUGUUUGUGGUCAGUGCUGGAGAAAUGGUCAAGUUAAUGAGCCAGACAGAAACAGAAAAUAUUGUAGUGCAAAGGCAAGACACCCAUGGACCAAAGAUCGCCGUGUGGUGCUAGUAAUGUCUAAUGAACGUAAAAAGUGGAUGACCAUUCGUCCUCUUCCGGCAAGGAAACAAGUGCCUCUGCAAUUUGAUUUGUGCAAUCAUAUUACUUCGGGCAAGAAAUGCCAGUACGAUGGAAACUGCUCAUUUGCUCACAGUCCUGAGGAGAGAGAGAUGUGGACCUAUAUGAAGGAGAACAGCAUUCAAGACUUGGAGCAGUUGUAUGACAUAUGGCUAAAAAGUCAAAAACCAGAAAAGGGAGAUGAUACAGCUGCUCAGGCAAACAAAGAGAAUGGGAAGCAAAUUCACAUGCCGACUGACUAUGCUGAAGUUACAGUGGAUUUUCACUGUUGGAUGUGUGGGAAGAACUGUAAUAGUGAGAAGCAAUGGCAGGGUCACAUUUCUUCUGAAAAGCAUAAAGAGAAGGUUUUCCACACCGAAGACGAUCAAAACUGCUGGCAGUAUCGCUUUCCAACUGGAAAUUUUAGCAUUUGUGAUAGAUAUAUGGCUGGUACUUGUACUGAAGGAAACAACUGUAAAUUUGCCCAUGGAAAUGCUGAACUCCAUGAGUGGGAAGAACGACGACAAGUUUUAAGAAUGAAGCUCAGCAAAGCAAGGAAAGAUCACUUGAUUGCUCCCAGUGAUAAUGACUUUGGAAAAUAUAGUUUUUUGUUUAAAGAUUUAAACUAAUACUGAGGUGACACACACAUGUUAUCAGCUGGAAGCAUAAACCAGAAAAUUUGACAAUAAUAAAAAGCAUGUGACAGAUAAGCUGCAGGUUUUCUGCUUUUAUUGGCAUAUCUUGUUCCUCCUGAACAGCAAAAUAUAGUAGAUUUAGGGGGAUUGAGCAGACCUGUCUGUGCUCUCAUGAAACAGAGUGGUGAUUAAAUAAAAAUCUGAAGUAUUACGCGCUUACUCACUUUCUGUUGGACAGAAAGUUAGGAAAUAGAAGGGGGGAAGAGAAGUUAUAAUCUAGGAAGCCCCCUAGUAUCAGUCCUUCAGUUGAAAAACUUUAAGGUAUUAAGGUAUUGCAAAACAGAGUGUUACGGGCUAAGAAGAUGGAUGAAAAUUCUUCAGAUCUUUUAAUGGAGAGGAUUUGUUUAAAACAAAGUUUGCUACUUAUCUAUAUGUAGGUUGCUAAAAAGGAUUUUUCUUAUUAAAGAUUUUACACAAAAUAACCAUUUAACUACAGUAUAUGUUGAAUGGGUAUUUUUUCUCUAUUUGUAUGUUUCAAUAUAAUUUACUGAAAAAGGAUCUUGGAAAGAAAAAAAAAUGAAGUAGUUAAAAUUCUGUUUCUUGGUCUUUGCUGUUUAAAUUGAUGAUUUUGAAAGAUUACACUUGUAUGUCAGUAUUGUGUACUAUUGUAUGGACUAAUGUUGCCUGUAAUAAAGAGAACUUUACACAAAGCUGUUUUGUGCAUGUAGCCUCUCAGGACUGAGAUUUUGUAAAAAAAAACAAUUAUUUCAUUUUUAGCAAAAGCUUGAGCACCUGUAGCUAAAAAUUUAUACCAAGUUCUAUUUGUAUCUCUAGCUUCUCAUUUGCAGUCUUCUGUAUUGUCAUUAGCUCAUUGCAUCACUAAAUAGCAAGAAUAGCCAGCUCACUUGUGAAGUAGAGACACCAUUUUGGAGCUGGGACAUGUUUUUAGUCUUUUGACUUUGGCAUGAAGCACCCCCACCUCAGCUGCAAGGUGGAUGGGACUUUAGAUGACAUUUCCUGCAGCCCACAGCAAAGGGAAACCAUCCAUGGGCUUAGGUGCUUUUAGCCUGAUAAGCCCUUUGGCUUUAGAGUAGCCAGAGCUUCUGUCGUGUUUUGACUUCGCUGCAGAUUGUGCUUUCAGCUUGCUUUGUGCGGUCACUUAAUGUCCUUUUUAAUUUUCUUUUUCCCCCAAAACGAGCUUUAUUUAGGCAUUCAAAGUAGCUGAAGCUAGUUUUCUUAUUUUCCCCAUACUUCUCUCUCUUAAUAGUAUUUUUUCUGUUAUUGGCUUGACCUUAUGUCAUUAGAAGAGCUUUAAGAAUGACUUCAGUAGUUUGAAUGUAGUCAUUGGCCACAUAGUGUGUAUGUAAAAAGUGUUGAACCAAAGUUCAGUGAUACAUACCCAUGCAGAAGAUGAGCCUGGAGGCCCUGUGCCAUUCACUUCACAAAGUAAAAGCACAACAGUUACAGAACACCACCUUACACUUCAGCCAGAGUGAGGGAGAACUGUUCCUUCCCAGCAAGGCUGAAGGCCAUUUGAAUAUGAUGUACAGUGUGCAUACAGGCGUAGCUUGGUGCUUGAAAUACCACCUGCUGCAGUGCUAGUUUUUUACAUUGUUUGUAAUGAACUGAGCUUGAAAUAGAGUAUUAUGGACAGUUAUUGCUGUGACAAAACCUGAUUGUAUCGUGUGCCUUUCUGAAUUGUUUUCUCAAUUUUAUGCUUUCAUUGUUUAAUGUAAGUGCACUGUAAAUUACUCGAAAUAAUUCUAGACAAAACUAAACAUGAAAUCCUUGUUCCGUA